AAAACAGAAGGAUGAAGAAUCGAUUUCUUUUCCAGUGGAGUGGAGUCGAAUCUGCAGUUUUGGUGGAUGGCUCCGCCCAAAAAAUCCAAGAAAUUGAAGAAGGAUGCUAAGAAAUUGAAGAAAAGAAAGAUCAAGAACAAGACCAAGAGUGGCAAGAUAAUCAGCACAGUCCCCGUAGACAACAAGGCAGUUGAUUCCGAUUGGUGGGAUUCUUUCUGGCACAAGAACUCUUCAUCCCCAGGUUUGAGUAUACCUUCUGAUGAGGCAGAAGGUUUCAAGUACUUCUUUCGCGUUUCGAAGAAGACUUUUGAUUACAUAUGUUCACUUGUGAGGGAGGAUCUCAUCUCAAGGCCCCCUUCAGGUCUCAUCAAUAUCGAGGGAAGGCUCCUUAGCGUUGAGAAGCAGGUUGCAAUCGCCUUGAGAAGAUUAGCAUCUGGUGAAUCACAAGUUUCGGUUGGAGCUUCAUUUGGAGUUGGGCAGUCUACCGUUUCUCAGGUGACUUGGAGGUUCAUCGAGGCACUUGAAGAGCGUGCAAAGCAUCACCUCAAGUGGCCUGAACCGAGUAAAGUGGAAAAAAUCAAGUCAGAGUUUGAAGCAUCGUUUGGACUGCCUAAUUGUUGUGGAGCAAUUGAUGCAACCCACAUCAUAAUGACCCUUCCCACGGUUCAAACAUCAGAUGACUGGUGUGAUCAGGAGAACAAUUACAGCAUGCUUUUGCAAGGGAUUGUAGAUAGCGAGAUGAGAUUUUUAGAUAUCGUGACUGGAUGGCCCGGGGGCAUGACUACUUCCAAACUAUUGAAGUGCUCUGGAUUUUAUAAACUUUGUGAAUCUGGAGAUCGUUUAAAUGGCAGUGCCAAAAUGACAUUCGAAGGACAAGAGAUUAGGGAAUAUAUAGUUGGUGGUUUUGGUUAUCCUCACCUUCCUUGGCUUAUUACUCCUUGUGAAGAAGAUAAGGAGCUUUCAUCAGCCAUGUUGGAUUUUAAUGCGGUGCAUGAGACUGCAAGAUCACUUGCAGUAAAGGCGUUCUCGCAAUUGAAGGGCGGCUGGAGAAUCCUGAGUAAGGUUAUGUGGAGACCCGAUAAACGGAAGCUACCUAGUAUUAUCUUGGUGUGUUGUCUGCUUCAUAAUAUCAUAAUUGAUUGUGGGGACCGGUUGCAUCCAGAUGCCGCUUUGACUUGUCAUCAUGACUCCGGUUAUUUGGGACAGAGCUGCAAGCAAAUUGAUCCAAUCGGGAGAACUAUAAGAGAUAACAUAGCCAAGCACUUGCGGGAUACAAAGAGUAGUUAUUCAUCUUGAUGACACUCUGACUCUGGUUAUUGAGCAAGGGAGCAUCCUCAAGGCUUCAACCAAGAUGUACAUGCCCAAUUUAUGUUGUUUUUGUUUUAACUUUUAACAAAGCAAUAUGUUUUUUUAUGCUUGUAAGGAGAGAGGAAGGAGUGAAAACCAGAUUGGGAAAACGGGGUGGUUGCUUAAUGAAAAUAUUUGAUCCUCUUAUGCUUA